AUGUGGUGCGCUCCCACAGCGAGGUUUAUCUCGUUUACGGUGAGGAAAAUGCAUCUCAGGGCGCUGGACGCUUUGCGGAUGUGCAGCGGGGUCCGGAAGGACCGACAGGUGCCCUUCCGCAUCAAGAAGUCAAAAAAAGACUCGUGUGACAUCAGGAGGCACUGCGGCUUCUUUUGGCGUUGCGCAGUAAAUUCUUUGGACGGCGCGUUUGGCUGUAAGAAUGGUGCUUUGACCUUUGCGCACGAGAACAUCCUUGCCGAGGAGACUGUCCCUGCUGCUGUAAACCCGCAUGCGGAUCGUCUGCUCGUCCGGCCACUGGAGGGUCUGUUGUUUUUGUCCUCAUUUGCCACGGGCAGCGUUUGCAGUUUUUCUACGGUAACUUCUGGGCAUCGUUCCGCUGGUGUUUUCAAUGCUUUCAUGGUGCUGUACGUGGCUGCGGCGUUUGGCGGUGUGUGGGUACUGUCGUACGCCACGCUGGAGGAUGGCCGUCCAGUCGCUGGCGCCAUGCACUUUUUCUGUCAGUUUUAUUUCACGGAUGCAUCGCCACCCGCCUCGCCGCGCACCUGUUGGCCCAUGCUCUCGGGUUCACCUGCCGGACAUGGCAGCCGCAACAUGGGUAA